AUGGCUGCAGCUGUUAGUAUCGAUGAUAAUUCUCGUUUACCAGAAAAUGUUCUGGAAUUAGAAGGAGAUGAUUUCUAUCGAUUUACAAAAAGUAUGAGUGGUGCAUUAUUGACUGAAGUACUUAAAAUACAGGAUAUUGAUUCAGUUUUUAUAUUUUUACAAACAAGUGAUAUUUUUGAAAUAUUCCAACAUGAUUCUACAAUAUUACGAGAUUUGAAAUCAAAAAUAGGUUUCGAUUCAAAUGAUGGUACAUUUCAAGUCAAACUUGGUUUAAAACUGCAAUACGAAUAUAUAUCAAAAUUAUUGAAAUCAAAAUCAGAUCAGAAAUAUACAAAAUCAUCGUCUCUUACAUCUGAAAAGAUUGAUAUACUACUUCGAAAACAUCCAAUUCUUCUUUCACUUCUCAAUUCCUAUGAGAAUGAAAGUACAACAAAUGAUCAACAUGAAUUUUUAUCCCUAUUUAUAAAUACUAUAACGAAAAAUUUAUCUUUAUCUAAUACGAGUCGAUAUAGAUAUGAUGACAAAUUGAAAAGUUUUGCUGUUUGCUUGUACAUACUUGGAGGAAAGACAACUUAUGAGUUUGUCCGAUUAAAUUUGCCAGGAUCAUUGCCAAAUCUUACAACAAUUCAUAGUUUAAUACAAAAUAAUGAUGAUAAUUUAACAGAAGGUAAAUUUCGAUUCAAUAAAAUGGCAAAGUAUCUCAAUAGUUUCGGUGUUCAAUAUGCAUAUUGUGCAGAAGAUUGUUUUUCAACUCCUCUAUCUGGUGGUGUUCCAUCACCAUGUCAUUUUAAAACAGAUUCAAUAUCUCAAUUAAAGUUGUGGAUGGAUAAAAAUGAAAAGGCUCCAAUGUUGAACAUUCAUUGUGUUCAAGCCAUUCCACCACCCAAUCAAACAGUAGCAUCACCAAAUUUUAUUCUCGCUGGCUAUGGCACCAGCAAUGCUGAUAAUAAAUAUUUUCGUGCUAUGCGUUUGAUGUCUGGAUUCUAUGCAAGCUUAUCGAAUUUUGAUGUACAUGUUGAUUCUUCUAUGUUUUCAAUUCAAACUGGUAAUUGGUCUUGGUAUUUUUUAAGAUCUGAGCAGCUUUUUGUGUUUAUGCAAGAUGCAACUCACCUGGUCACAAAGUUAAGAAACCGUUUAUUAUCUGCAACAGCAGGUUUACAAGUUGGUGAUAAAUGUAUAACAAUGAAACAUUUACAACAAUUACUUGAUAACGAAGAAAUGAUUCGGCUAGAUCAUGGAUUGACACAAAGUGAUCUAAAACCAACAGAUCGUCAAAAUUUUCGUUCUUGUUUGAGAAUUACAUCUUGUGAUGUGUUAAAUUUAAUAGCUCGUGAUGAUAAUUCUAGUGGAACUUACAUAUACAACGAAUCAAGUAGUAGCGAAGCAGAAGAUGAUGACGAUGACAAUAUGGACGACGAACAAUUGAAAACAUUUAAAACAAGUUUUGAUGGAUUAAAUAUCAAAGACAGUGUACCAGCUGAUCAAGAUGAAUCAUAUUUCAAGAUUAAAAUCAAUGAUAUGAAUAAGUUCUUACAUAAGUCCACGGCUUGUUAUCUUCUUACAAGAGACAAUAAUAGAUUAUCUACUAAUAGAUUAUCACGAGUUAUUCAAACAUCAAAAAAAUGA